GGUAACGGCUGCUCCACGACUCCCGCGUCCUCCUCCAUGUCCCCGCCUUCCCUCGCGGUAGCCCGCCCCGUCUCCACCUCCCUCCGCAGCCCCGGCGGCGGCCGUCUCGCCUGGCCCCGGGUGCCGCCUGCGAGCGGGGCCCGAGGAUCCACGCUGCCCACGACGCCCCCUCCGGGCGCGGGCUGAGGCGAGAGCGGGCCUGGUCCCCGGCCGUCGCCGCCGGACCCCGAAGCGUCAGCCCCGCGCCGUGUAGUCUGCGGCCUCCGGCCGGCGGGACCGCCCCGUCCCUGAAAGGGUGUGACCAGGGGGUUUCAGACAGGAGGGCCUCUUCGGCGGAGGCUGGCAGACGCCAGGGGUCGGGUCGGGAAGAGACCGUUUCGGCUCUUGCCUCCCAGACGUGGUUGCUCCGUGGGCCUCCCGGUGGGCCUCCCUGCGGGCGCGGACACAGGUGCCCCGGCCGGGGUCUAUCGGGAAGAUGGCGACCCCGGGCAUGAGCUGGCAGCAGCACUAUUACAGCGGCUCUGCAGCCGGGGCGGCCAAAUUCGCACCCUCGCCGGCCGCGGCGCAGCUGGCUGGGCACUGCGUGGACUACAGCCAGGACAUGCACCUGAAAAUGAGCAAGAAAAUCGCCCAGCUUACUAAGGUAAUAUAUGCUUUGAACACUAAAAAUGAUGAGCAUGAAUCUGCAAUUCAAGCCCUAAAAGAUGCUCAUGAAGAAGAAAUCCAACAAAUUCUUGCAGAAACAAGAGAAAAAAUAUUGCAAUAUAAAAGCAAAGUAACAGAGGAGUUAGAGCUUAAGAGAAAGAUUCAAGUUUUAGAAGCAUCCUUAGAAGAUCAUAUAAAAAUGAAGCAACAGGCUUUAACAGAAUUUGAAGCGUAUAAGCACAGAGUUGAGGACAUGCAACUUUGUGCAGAAGCCCAGCAUGUCCAACGCAUAGUAACCAUGUCUAGAGAAGUUGAAGAAAUUAGAAGGAAAUUUGAAGAAAGAUUACGGAGCUUUGGACAGCUCCAAAUACAGUUUGAAAAAGACAAACGAUUGGCAUUGGAAGAUUUGCGGACUGCUCACAGAAGGGAGAUGCAAGAGCUGUUAAAGUCACAGCAGGAUCACAGUGCCUCAGUAAACAAAGGGCUGGAGAAGACAGAGGAACUACACAGGCUGGAGGUGGAGGCCUUAAACAAAACACUUGAAGAGCUAAGGCUUGAAAAGAAAAAACUCAUUGAAGAUUAUGAAGGCAAGUUGAAUAAAGCUCAGUCUUUUUAUGAACGUGAACUUGAUACUUUGAAAAGGUCACAGCUUUUUACAGCAGAAAGCUUACAGGCUAGCAAAGAGAAAGAAGCUGAUCUUCGAAAAGAAUUUCAGGGACAAGAAGCAAUUUUACGAAAAACCAUAGGAAAAUUAAAAACAGAAUUACAGAUGGUUCAGGAUGAAGCUGGCAGUCUUCUUGACAAGUGCCAAAAACUGCAGAUGGCACUGGCCACAGCAGAGAGCAAUGUUCAGGUUCUUCAAAAACAGCUUGAUGAUGCCAAGGAGGGAGAAAUGGCCUUAUUAAGCAAGCACAAAGAAGUGGAAAGUGAGCUAGCAGCUGCCAGAGAACGUCUACAACAGCAAGCUUCUGAUCUUGUCCUCAAAGCCAGUCAUAUUGGAAUGCUUCAAGCAACUCAAAUGACCCAGGAGGUUACAAUUAAAGAUUUAGAAUCAGAAAAAUCAAGGGCCAAUGAGAGAUUAUCUCAGCUUGAGGAGGAAAGAGCUUUUUUGCAAAGCAGAACUCAAAGUUUGGAUGAAGAGCAGAAACAGCAAAUCCUGGAACUAGAGAAGAAAGUAAAUGAAGCAAAGAGAACUCAGCAAGAAUAUUAUGAAAUGGAGUUAAAAAACCUGCAAAAUAGAUUGGAAGGAGAGAUGACUCAAUUAAAUGAAGCCCAUUCUAAGACUUUGGAAGAAUUAGCCUGGAAGCACCAUAUGGCGAUUGAGGCUGUCCACAGCAAUGCAAUUAGAGAUAAGAAAAAACUGCAAAUGGAAUUAGAGGAACAAUAUAAAAAGGAAAAACUAAACCUGGAAGAGGAUAAAAAUCAGCUUCAACUAGAGCUAGAAAACCUGAAGGAAGCCCUGGAAGACAAGCUGAAUACAGCUAAUCAAGAGAUUGGCCGCCUCCAAGAUCUGGUAAGGAAAAGUGAACAAGGUCUUGGCUCUGCUGAAGGACUCAUUGCUAGUCUUCAGGACUCCCAGGAAAGGCUUCAGAAUGAACUUAACUUGACUAAAGGCAGACUGAAGGAAACCAAGGAUGUUCUAGUAAAUGUUGAGGCUGAGCUAGAGCAGGAGAGGCACCAGCAUGAAGAAACACUUGCUGCCAUGAAGGAAGAAGAGAAUCUUAGAGUGGACAGAAUGGCCCAUGACUUGGAGAUAAAGUGGACUGAAAAUCUUAGACAGGAGUGCUCUAAACUUCGUGAAGAGUUAAGGCUUCAACACGAAGAGGAUAAGAAGUCAGCAAUGUCUCAGCUGCUACAAUUAAAAGAGCGAGAGAAAAAUGCUGCCAGGGACUCAUGGCAGAAGAAAGUCGAAGAUCUCUUAAACCAGAUUUCUUUGCUGAAACAGAAUCUGGAAAUUCAGCUUUCCCAGUCUCAAACUUCUUUGCAACAACUGCAAGCUCAGUUUACACAAGAACGACAAAGACUUACCCAAGAGCUUGAAGAAUUAGAGGAACAACAUCAGCAGAGGCAUAAAUCCUUAAAAGAAGCGCAUGUUCUUGCAUUUCAAACCAUGGAAGAAGAAAAGGAAAAGGAACAAAGAGCUCUUGAAAAUCAUUUACAACAGAAACAUUCUGCAGAGCUUCAGUCAUUGAAAGAUGCACACCGAGAGUCAAUGGAGGGCUUCCGGAUAGAGAUGGAACAGGAACUUCAGACUCUUCGGUUUGAAUUAGAAGAUGAAGGAAAGGCUAUGCUUGCUUCCUUACGCUCAGAACUAAAUCAUCAACAUGCAGCUGCAAUUGAUUUGUUACGGCAUAAUCAUCAUCAAGAAUUGGCAGCUGCUAAAAUGGAAUUAGAGAGAAGCAUAGACAUCAGCAGAAGACAGAAUAAGGAGCACAUGUGUAGAAUAACAGAUCUGCAGGAGGAAUUACGGCACAGAGAGCAUCACAUCUCUGACUUGGAUAAGGAGGUACAGCACCUUCAUGAGAACAUAACUGCCCUCACCAAAGAAUUGGAAUUUAAGGGGAAAGAAAUCCUCAGAAUACGAAGUGAAUCUAACCAACAGAUGAGGUUGCAUGAACAAGAUUUAAACAAGAGACUUGAAAAAGAGCUGGAUGUCAUGACAGCAGACCAUCUCAGAGAGAAAAAUAUCAUGCGGGCAGAUUUUAAUAAGACUAACGAACUACUCAAGGAAAUAAAUGCAGCUUUACAAGUGUCACUAGAAGAAGUGGAAGAAAAAUAUCUAAAGAGAGAAUCAAAACCAGAAGAUAUACAGAUGAUUACAGAACUAAAAGCCAUGCUUACAGAGAGAGACCAGGUCAUAAAGAAACUAAUUGAGGAUAAUAAAUUUUAUCAGCUGGAAUUAGUCAAUCGAGAAACUAACUUCAACAAAGUGUUUAACUCAAGUCCUACUGUUGGUGUUAUUAAUCCAUUGGCUAAGCAAAAGAAGAAGAAUGAUAAAUCACCAACAAACAGGUUUGUGAGUGUUCCCAAUCUAAGUGCUCUGGAAUCCAGUGGAGUGGGCAAUGGACAUCCUAACCGCCUGGAUCCCAUUCCUAACUCUCCAGUCCACGAUAUUGAGUUCAACAGCAGCAAACCACUUCCACAGCCAGUGCCACCCAAAGAGCCCAAGACAUUUUUGAGUCCUCCUCAGAGUGAAGCUUCCCCGGUGGCUUCUCCAGAUCCCCAGCGCCAGGAGUGGUUUGCCCGGUACUUCACGUUCUGAAAGAAUUGUGUUGACACAGCUCUGUGUGGACUGUUACUAAGAGCAUGACUUUAUACAAAUCCUUAUGUGAACAGGCUUUCCUGUGUCAAACACUGUGAAUGAGAAAGUAUUUGUUUUCCAAUUUAAAAAUCCACUGUAUUUCCUGUCAUAUUUAUUGGAAUCACUCUAUAAGGUACUAUAAUAUGUGUGUAAUUAUAGCAGUUAUUUUUAUUUGAGAUGGAAGAGUCUUUAAUCUUUGUAAUUACUGCAUAAUAAAUUUUGUUAAAA